GUAGCAAAACUCGGGUAUAUAUACGGAACAGGGGAUAUUAAAUUCCAGACAAAACCUGUCGAAGAACAUUCCCGAAAAAGAGUAAAGAGAGAGACCCUUCUCCUCUCUGUUCCUUUCCUAACGAUCCGUUAUCGAGUGUGUCGGUCUUCGCCCUCGCAGCUUUACUCUCCUCUUGGACUAAUCUAAUAAUACAUCUUACUCGCAUCAGAUGCACCUUUGGUUCUAUUCAUACCAAAAUGCAGAUUUUCAGCUGUUUUUUCGUUCCAAAUGGACUGCAAGAAGUUUAUGCAGAUGGUGGAGGAGAAGAAACGACAAAUUCUCGAGAAGAAGGAAGCUCCUUUGAAAUGGGAACAGAAGCUUGAGGCGGCUGUCAAGGCUGCUGAAACCAAAGCCAUGAGGUCAAAAAAGCGAAGAAGACAAAGGGCUGCGUCUGAAUCUAGCUCAGAAAGUGAUACUAGCUCUGACGUGAGAAGAAAGUCGAGGAGAACUCACAGUAAGCACCGUAGGCAUGCACACCCUGAUUCAGAGGACAGUGAUAAGAGGAAAGAUAGGAGAUCCAGGAGGCAUAAGAGAAGGUCCUCAAGUCCAAGCGAGGAUAGCAGUGAUGAGUAUGAGAGCGGGUUAGAGGACGAGCAGAGGAUGAAGAUAAGGCACCACCGUAGGCACAAGUCUCAUAGCUCAAGACAGACUUAUGAUGAUGACAAUGCCGAAGAUGCCAGAGGAAUGCACGCUAAGCAUCACAGGCACGGCGAGGUGGUUAUUUCAAGUGAUAGCGAGGAAGAGAGGGGAGGAAGAAGAAAACAUAGGCACAACAGAGGUUCAGCUGUCUCCAGCGACUCAGACUCAGAGGUUAGACGGAAGAAUAGAAAGAGAAGGGAGCAUCAAAGGUAUCGUUGGGCAGAGUCUUCAAGUGAGGAUGAUGAUGGAGCAAUGCGAAGGACAAGGCAUCAUAAACAUGACUGACAACGUAGACAAGUGAAAAAAUGUGGACGGGCAUUGGAAAGUGCAGUUGUUUAAUUCACACACCCUCAAUCAGAACUGAAUGUUGUGCAACCAUUAGCAUUUAAACAUUAUGUUGAAUUACUUGUGGCAGUACUCUUCAUUGAUUAUUUGCAUUUUAAAAACUCAAAACUAAAAGCCAUUAUCCCGGAGAACAACCCAAAUUGGUUCGAGA